CAUUUCUCCGCCACAGCCCUCUCCAGGGCUUUAACCCCCUCAGGGCAGGAGCGGGGUGACCACCCCGCUACAGACAUCAAAAGAGUAUUGAUGUGAGUAGAGCAAAAUAUGUCAUGAAUCUUAAAAGGUGUUUGUGGUUUUGGGGGAUAAGUCCAAAGGAGAAUCAGUCCGAGUUCAGAGGUUGUCUUGCUAUCACUAAACUGGUGGUGUUGCACAAGAAGGCCCAAGGUCCAUUCUGCUAGGUGUAAGGCAGUUUCAGAUGGAUUCUUCAGAAACAUUCUAUAUCUGAAAUCUGUGAAGCUACCAUAUUUACUACUUUAUUCAGACCUUUACUCAAUACUAUUCUCUCAACUUUAGAGCCAAAUUGGUUGCUUGUUUCAGGAGAGCACUCCUUUGGUCUUUAUUUAAACUAGUCUGAAAAGUGGCUUUGUAAAUAUGGCAACAAAGAGCUCCAUGUUUAUUGUACCCCACUCUUCUAGAUCAGGUAUGCUCAAUUUAUAACAAAAUUUUUCCCCCUAAUGCCAGGCCUGCAAACUCUACCUGGGAUCUGAAAGUCAAGCUGGUUUCUUUUCUUCUUGCAAAUCACUACCAGUAAUAAAAAUACUACAGACCGAUGACCUUCAGUGGGACUGGAUGUGCACAGUAGCCUUGUAACUGGAGCUUAGAAAACAAUUCUGUUGGUUCUGAGCAAGAAGGAGUAGAAUUCAUUGCAUUCCCUACUGGCUGUGUUGGCUCCACAGUAUUAAAUGGACAAGGAAGCAGAAAAACUUCAGAUGCUGAUGCUAGCACAUAUGACUGAUAACACACCAAGAGUCACAUCUUGUCCCAUUGAAGUCCGUGGUGAAACUCCCACUGACUCUUUGGGGGCAGGGGGCUCUGUGUUUGUUCAGUGCCUAAUACCACUAGGUCCUGGUGCAUGAGUUGGGCUCAUAGGUGCUAGGUAAUAUAAAUAAUAAUAAUUUUACUUUAAUAGGCCUAGAGAACAGAUCUGUUAGUACCAUUUUUACAUAGGAAUUUUUCAGAAUAGAACCACACUUUAAGUUCUCGGCCUUCUUCCAGGGCAGUUAUUACUGCUAGUCUGUCUCCCACGAGUGGAUAACUGCAGAGGCGAUUUUUGAGGGCAAAAGGAAGAUUACUCACCUAGACCAUAACUACUGUGAAUAUAUUGCCUCUCCAGAACCACACUCAAUUUCCUUUGUUAUACUCAACUGCCCACUCUCCUUUCCUACUUCUUUGGAGUCCUUUGUUGAAAUUUUGAAUAGCUGAAAGGAACUGAACUUUAUAUAUGUUUGGAACUUUGAGAAGAGGAUGUGAAUGCAGCCCAACUGGUCAUUGCUUUCUAGAUGGUUCCAUGACUCCAGGCAGCGAGGUACACCCUGCUAAGACUCAAAUGUGGAAUUUAAUGUUUGCCAGAGACCCAGUAUGAGGGGGACACAAAAAUAUUAAUGCAGGAAAUUAAAAGUGCAAUGGGAUUCAUUCCUUUACUCUUGUUAUAACCUCAGCUUCAUAACUGUUUAUUUCUAAUGUAAAUAAUUUUCAGUAAUAAAAGUGAGGGAAUGCCACGUUUAAGGGGAGUGUAGGCAACUUUGGGACUAAAAUGAGUGAAGUCCUUUGAAAUGAGGUAUACCAGAGAGGUGCGGAUCUGCAGAAGGCAUAUACUCAGAGCUCCAGAUCCAGGUGAGUACACCUUCCUUAUUCAUCAUCUAUCUCCCAUCACUGUAUGUCUGAGCAUAUAUGAGGUUCUGAUAUUGUGCUGUUUAUUCCAUCAAGAAUAGAAUCAGAUUUGUAUUUACUUCUGAAUAACUCCUUGCUAACCGUUACAUACAUCUGUAGAAAGAAUCAUUCCUCUUAUUAGAGUACAUCAUAUCAAUAGAAGUGAGCAUUACAUAAAUUACUGCAUUUCACAGCGGUGGAGGAAGAGUUGGUGCUAAAUUAGCUAGCUCAUGGUAUAGUCUAGGAGACCGUUAAAUGGUUAAGGGAUCAUCCUGAACUCAGGUACACAGUCCAAAAGGGGAUUUAAGGCCUUAGAGUUCACAAUGGUGCCUUGUCAGCGUGGUUGCUGGGCAGCAGCUGGAAGCUUGUUGCUCCUUGUCACAAAACAGUUAAGCCUACAUUCAUUUCUUUCAUACAUACAAGCAACCAAAAGCCUUUUAAACAUUUUUUUAAAAUGCCACAAACCACAAAAAGUCUACAAACUUCUCAAUAUUCCUGUACGCUAAUAUACCACAAUGUUGCCAACUCUUGCAAUUUUAUUAUGAAUCUCUUAAAAUUUGCUGUUUUCAUGAAGCCCUAGACCCUGGAGUGAUGUGAACACACCACAUUUAUUUUUACCACAACUUUCAUUUUUUAAAAAAAGGUAAGUUUGUAGCCCUUUUCGUUUUGGAGAAAAGCUUGAAAACAUGAGCCAGAAAGUCAGAAGGUAAAUAAAGAGACUUCCAAAUGUAUUAUUUUAAGGAUCUUGUGUUUUUUAAGCCAAUCUCAUGACUUUGAGGGAACCUUACCCAUGACCAUGUAUGUUUGGGGUUGGCAAUACAGAUGACAGUUUAUUUUAAAUGUGGUACCAUAUAAGUACCAUAUGCUUUUGAUAAGUGAGUGACAGAUGUAUUGACCGUUUUCCACGACACACACGAUGUAACUUUUUCAUUUUUUGUUGUUGAAAUAUAAAGAUUGUAGAAUACGAUAAUCUACAGCUGUACCGUGUUUCCAAACAUUCAUUCGUUAUUUAAUUUCCUAUGUCUGUCCAAAGGUGGAUUAUUUAUUUAGUGUAAAUUCACCUUCAUGCUGAUAUCAACCUGUUCUUUAGCUUGUUUUGAAUUCUAGGAAAGUGUGGAAAAAUACAUUUUCCCCACCUUCUAACCACAUUCUUUUGAACAAGAUAUAGCAAAAAUGGCUGAUAUUUGAAAGUUAGCCUUAGAGUAGUUCACCCUGAGAAGUAUGCACUUUCCUACAUUCUUUGUGGAGGAAAGAUUCAAAAUAAAACAAGUCAUAAGUAAUUAAAACAUAACUUCUGAGCAUGCUCAGUAGGCAUCUGCUAGGAUCUUUAGCAGUCUAAUGAAGCAGAGUCCCCUUAUGUAAAAUAUUGUCAUUUUCCCUGUUUGGUCCAUCUGUUGGCCUCGGUCAUGGCUGGGGGCUUCUAUAUUCAGUAUAGUUAUAGGAAAAAAUUACAAAUGAGAAAUUAUAAAUGUCUUGUUGAAACCAUAGCAAAAUCUCCAUUAAAAACUGCCUUGACAAUGUGUGACAGGAAAAAAAUCCUAAGCUAUUUCUUGCAUUACUUUGCAUGCCACUAUCUUUUUUGACUGAUGACUUUUUUUUGGAUGACAGUCCAUUUAUCUUAUUUGAAAUACAGCUCUCAUAAACAGCACACAUAGCUUAGUUUUAGAUAGGGCAUUUAUCUUCAGUUGUUGGGGGAGUGACUUGUCACAACACACUCGGACACCUAGGUGCUGCAGCUAGAUCCUCCUGUAGUAAGCUCCAUAUCAAAACCUAAGCUAUUGGAUAUUAAAUCCUACCUAACUAUCUUAGUCACCUUAGAAAUACCUGUCAGCGAUGCUGACUUUCCAGUUUCUUUGUACAUCAAGGUAGCAAGAAAAUUCUUUAAGUUGCUUUGUGUUUUGCUUUCUCUCUCUCACUCUCCCACAACAUGGGCUGAAUUUUGCCUAUAUAUAUAAUGUUAACAUGUAUCUUUUCAUAUAGACCAUGCCCUUGCUCAAUGCACUUUAAUAUCUUCAGUGGAUGUCAAUAUUUACACAAACCAAUGGUUUGCCCUAGGACACAUUAAUGAGGGUUCUGCCAAACCACUGACCUCCUGGAAUUGAUUGACCUGGCUAACAGCCCUUUGUUGUCCAAUGAAGUAUAAAAGACCGUACGAAGUGUAUGAAUGUCAUAUAGAUUCCCACCCACCUGAAACCAUGAGGAUGCUAUUAGUGUUUCUGGUUUAUAUUCCAUUCAUCUUAGCAAUAGAAAGGAUCCCUUUAGGUCGAUUUAAAUCCAUCAAGAGGCAACUUCGAGAAAAGGGAGAACUGGAGGAAUUUUGGAAAAAUCAUCAGCCUGACAUUUUUGCUCGGAGAUAUCUGCAUUGCUUCCCUUCAGAUAUUUUUCUAUCAGCUGGAUCUGCUUCAGAAAGGCUAUAUGAUUACAUGAAUGCCCAGUACUAUGGGGUGAUAAGUGUUGGCACCCCACCUCAGAAAUUCACAGUGGUGUUCGACACAGGAUCAUCCAAUUUUUGGGUCCCUUCAGCUUAUUGCAUCAGCGAAGCCUGCAAGAUGCAUGAAAAAUUCAAAUCAUUUCUAUCAAACUCCUAUCAGCAUGGAGGGCAGGCCUUUGCUCUACAGUAUGGUACUGGGCAGCUUCUAGGCAUUGCUGGCAAAGACACACUACGGAUUAGCAACAUUUCCAUCCAGGGGCAGGACUUUGGAGAGUCUAUCUUUGAGCCCGGCAUGACUUUUGCUCUUGCACGCUUUGAUGGCGUGCUAGGUUUAGGAUACCCUUCUUUAGCAGUUGGCAGUGCUCUUCCAGUAUUUGACAGCAUAAUCAACCAACAUCUGGUAGAGGAGCCAGUGUUUUCCUUCCACUUGAACAGAGGAGAAGACAUUGAAAAUGGUGGUGAAUUGAUACUUGGGGGUAUAGACCAUUCCCUUUACAAAGGUUCAAUUCACUGGGUUCCAGUUACUGAGAAAAGCUACUGGCAAAUUCAUGUUAACAACAUAAAAAUCCAGGGACAGGUUGCGCUUUGCUUCCAUGGUUGUGAAGCCAUUGUUGAUUCAGGCACUUCUCUUAUUACCGGCCCCUCUUUACAAAUAAGACAACUACAGGAGCAUAUCGGGGCCAGUCCAACACAAACUGGAGAGUUUGUUGUAGAUUGCAGGAGACUGUCAAGCUUGCCACAUGUAAGUUUCACUAUUGGACACAGAGACUACACGUUAACAGCAAAAGACUAUAUAAUAAAGGAAACCAUAGAAGAAAAAACCGUGUGCAUCAGUGGCUUUCAGUCUCUGGAUAUUGCCACUCAUUCUGGCCAGCUAUGGAUUUUAGGAGAUGUAUUCAUGUCAGCGUUUUACUGUAUUUUUGACCGUGGAAAUGAUAGAGUGGGAUUUGCAAAAACCUCUCGUAGAAGGGAGCAUUCCUGAGGCCCUAAUGGCGUCAGUUCUGCCUUAAACACAUGUUAUUACAGGGAUAUGAGAUGAGCCUGAACUAAAACCCUGGAUCUGGCUAUUGCUCCCAAAAAAUUUCACAUGGGUUUAGGGUGGGUUUGAAAUUGAAUUCUGAAUGCAAAGUUUGUAGCUAGGUUCCAUUUCUAUACAUUUGCAACAGACACAUUUAUUUCUAAAUCAGUGAUUGAGAGACCAAAAGCCCUAGGAAGGACUGUGUCAAAAAACCUUAAAUGCCUGUACAACAACUUGCCUGUAGGACUUGCAUUGGGGUGGGAGGGAAAGUGUGCUUGGGAGAAGUCUGCUAAAUAAUGCAAAGAUGAUUGUGUAUCAGUUGCAGUUAUGGGAAUCUAAUCUGGCUAGUGUUGGAUAUUUCUCUUCCCUUGCUUGUCAGUUUCAGCCUUCUAUUUCCUGACUAAAUAUUUUCUUUUUAUCAUUUAAUUGUUGCUUUUAUUUUUCUCAUUAUUUGCUGGGGUUUGUUCCACCCUUGCUCCCUCUGUUACUUGUGGCACCUUAGAGACUAACAAAUUUAUUUGAGCAUAAGCUUUCGUGGGCUACAGCCCACU